GUAGAAUCUUUUGAUCAUGAGCAGAAAGGAACUACGAACUGGCUUAUUCAGAGAUCUGUGGUCCCAAACACGCCCAAUGUCAUCUUUGGAUAGACCAAAUAAAAGCUUCAGUUUCUGUACAAUGAUAAGGUUGUUCGGACGAACCAUUGCUACAAAGCCUACAAUCACCAGUGUGUCUAGAGAUGAUAUGCAUGAUAAAAUGUCAGAAAUAGCGAAAUAAUAAUCUUUGGAUUAUAUAUAUGGUCUGAUACACCACUGUAGUAGUACACCCAUUAUGACCAAUGCUAUACGUCCAUAGAGUGAUACGCUCUCGCUGCGUCAAAGAAGACCUUAAAUUAUAAAGCAAUGUUAUCUGAGACAACGGUGUAGAAGGCUGCAAAUUUAUUAUAGAUCUAUAUGACUUUCCAAAUGAAUAUCCAGCGCUGGCUUGACAGCUGAAUUCGAACCACUUUAUCGAAUCUACCAUCUUCCACUUCAACCAGAAAGCUGAAAUAAGAUGGCGGAGCUCAUUGAAUGGUUCUACCAUGUUGGAGAGACCUUGAUUGGUCUUCAGUCAUUCCCUGUUAUGGUCGUAUACCUCAUCCUCGUCGCUCUGUCACCAUUCUACCAAAGAAUAACCAAUCCAUAUUCUCUCCGACAGACCAUGGUGGUUUAUAACUUUACCUGUAGUUUCAUCAGUGCAUGUACUAUGCUUGGUGCUAUGGCGGGAAUGAUUGCAGCAGGGUCAAUCUUUCAGAAAGAGAGCAACGGCUUGCUGAAAAACAGUUUCUUCCUGUACUGGUGCAGCAAGCAUCUGGAGCUUCUGGACACUUUGUUCAUGAUCUUACGUCACAGGAGCCGUCAGAUUUCUUUCCUUCACGUCUAUCACCACGCCAGCAUGGUCCUCCUCUCCGACUUCGGCUAUCAUCACUUCCCGACACCCGGCGUCGCUUUCGGUCUCUCCAUCAACGCAUUCGUUCACGUCUGUCUCUACUACUACUACGGCUACACUGCACAGAGGCCUCUCAGUGGCGCCCCGAGUUGGAAGCGACACCUGACUGAGAUCCAAAUCACGCAGUUCGUCGUCGAUCUGGUGCAUGCUGUAAUUGGUUACCUCUUUCAUGGGUUCUGUGUUUAUUGCUUGAUGUACGGUGCUACCAUGUUGUAUUUAUUCUCAUCUUUUUAUUAUAAUGCAUAUGUGAAAAAACGUAAAGGAGAAUAAAGAUAUAAUUCUAAUUAUCACGUCGACAAAAUAAAGUUCAAGUUUACUCCCCCUUCGAAU